AUGAAGCCAUUUUCGUGUGAAAUCUGUUCAAAGGCAUUCCGUCAGCAGGGAACCUUGAAGGAACAUGUGAGAGUCCAUACUGGCGAAAAGCCCUACUCAUGCGACUAUUGUUUAAAAGCGUUUUCCAGAGCUUUGCAUUUGAAGACGCAUAUAAGAAUCCAUACUGGCGAGAAGCCGUAUUCGUGCGAUUAUUGUUCAAAAACAUAUUCUUUUCUUUCAGACUUAAAGAGACAUACAAUAGGCCACACGGGCAAAAAGCCUUUUUCGUGCGAACAUUGCUUGAAGGCAUUUCCUACAAAGUCUGAGUUAAAGAAACAUACAAGAGUCCAUACCGGCGAAAAGCCAUUUGCGUGUGACUAUUGUUUAAAAACGUUUUCUCAAAAGUCAAUACUACAGACACAUAUGAAAGUCCAUACUGGUGAAAAGUCCCAUUUAUGUGAGUUUUGCCCAAAGACUUUUGCCAACGCUUCACAGUUAAGGAAUCAUACGAGAAUCCAUACUGGCGAGAAGCCAUUUUCGUGUGAGAUCUGUUCGAAGACAUUCCGUCAACGUGGAACCUUGAAGGAACAUGUGAGAGUCCAUACUGGCGAAAAACCCUACUCGUGUGACUAUUGUUCAAAAACAUAUUCCAAUCUUUCAGACUUAAAGAGACACAUAAUAGGCCAUACUGGCAAGAAGCCUUUUUCGUGCGAGCAUUGCUUAAAGACAUUUGCUACAAGUCCUGAGUUGAAGAAACAUAUAAGAGCCAAACAUCUCCUGCGAAAAGCCACAUAG